AUGAAGAGUAAUUUGUGGUUCAAGAAUACUGCAAAUCAGAAUCAUUAUAAGAGUGUGUAUGAAAAACAACAUGGCUACUAUGACCAUCGGUCGCGUAGUGAAAAACCUAAAAGAGUCAGAAGCGCCUUCACAACAGAGCAAGUGAAUUACUUAGAAAGAGAAUAUAAAAAGUACCCAUACAUUGGCACUGGACAUAGAAAAGAGAUCGCUGCUUCAUUAAACAUCUCGGAGAGGACUGUGAAAAUAUGGUUUCAAAAUCGACGAAUGAAAGAGAAAAAGGAAACGAUUUACAAAGAAUUUUGUGACGAGCAUACCGGUCAAGAAAUUGCCAAAAGUCGAUUAAAUAAUAUGGCUACUAUGCAAUCAACUAAUGAUGGAUCGUUAAAUGCAUUGCCAUUACUAACAACUGAUGUCGACAAUGCGAUAGCAAUGAAUAACAAACUUCUACAUCUUGAAGAAAAUAGGAUGAUAUCAAAAGAUACAUCUUUAUUAAAGAACAUUCUAGAUCUAUUGAUUCUUGGCAAGAAAUAUAUAAAAGUAAAUAAUAAUCUUCAAGCUAAAUCCAAUCCUACGAACGUUGAAUCACAAGGUCCAAUUUCACAAAAUUCUAAUUCUCUCAAGCCUAAAGUUUCUCCACAAGAUUUAACUACGAAGAUACCACCAUUACAAACAAAGCAGAAGCCAUGUACUGGACAUGCUCAGGGUAUUUCUGGUUACUUUCCUGUCGUUCCCAAUUUUUAUCCUCAACCCUUUGUGUCACCUGGUGGUGUUUUAUGGAAGCCAGUAAUAAUGCCAUUAGUGUCUGAAGCAGGUCCUAAUAUUUCAACGAAUGAUUUCAAU